UCACACGGAGGCUGGAGGAGGACGCCGCCGCCGCCGCUCCGCGCAGCUCUCUGACCGCCUCCUCUCGUUCUCUCGCCGGGCGUCAGGCUGCACACCGACCGGAAGGAUGGAGCCAGCGGGAGCGUACGGCGCCGCGAAGGCCGGCAGCGUCGCCUUCGACCCGGUCGCCUUCUUCACGCAUCCCCGGACCAUCCUCAGGCUGACGUCGUGGGUUUUCUCCAUGGUGGUGUUCAGCUGCAUCGUGAACGAGGGCUACAUCAACAUCGGCAGCGAGCGGUUGCUAUGCGUCUUCAACAACAACGCCGAUGCCUGUAACUAUGGCGUUAUCGUGGGCGUGGCCUGUUUCCUGGGCAGCAUCUUUUUCCUGAUCCUGGACAUUUACUUCCCCUCCAUCAGCAGCGUCAAGGACAGAAGACGGGCUGUGAUGCUGGACCUCGUCUUCUCUGGUCUUGCAUGCUUCCUUUGGUUCGUCGGCUUCUGUUUCCUGGCCAAUCAGUGGCAGGCUACCUCACCAGACGAGCUGCCAUUGGCCCAGGGCUCCGAUGCCGCCAGAGCCACCAUCACUUUCUGCUUCUUCUCCAUCCUGACCUGGGGUUUUCAGUGCGUGCUGGCAAUGAACAGAUUUAAGGGCAUUUCCUUCAUGGAGGACAAGCAAAGGCUCUUACCAAAGAGCCUACCCACCCUCUCCUUCUCUCUAGUCUAACACACACACACAGACCUGUAUAUUACUGAUUGAUUAUCGAGGGAAAUUAUAUAGGUUUGGGUUUCCUUUAUGGAUACUAGUUAAGUAGUAUAAUUGGCAGAUUCAGAGUAGGUGUUUUCCAAUACCAAUCAUAAUGAUGCUCAGUGCUUUGAUCCACUCUUCCUGUGUUUCAAACAAAAACUGCAAUUUGUUGUCUUUAUUAUUAUCCAUACAUGGUCAUGAAUUAGUUGGGCAUGGUGGCCCAAAGGUUAGAGCCUUUCGAUUUCGAUCCACUGACAAGCAGGAUAAAUGUCGCUGGGAGCAGUGCUUGCGAGUCCUUCUUCGCAAACAUGAAGGUGCCCUUGAGCAAGGAGGAUCUUAACCCCCAACUGAUCGGUAAAGCUGCUCAGUAGCCAACGGGUCAGACUGCGGCUCUGCUGGGCAGUUUUCGAGGUGUGAAUUUAUGUAAAUGUUGUGAUGUGGACAGUGUUCCUGAAAAGAAGCAAGCUGCUCUCAGCGAAACUCAAAUAAAAAACAACUGCAAUGCCAGAGAACAGACGGAGACGACCGAUUCCUUUUCCAUUGACAACUCAACGGACCUAACAUUAUAACACACUAAGGCCCAGAAGCCCUAAAUCGGUAAACUUUCCUUUAAAGUUCAAGUGACCUUCUGUUCCAAUCAUCAACCGCUAUUCUUUCGGUUUUGAGUGACGGCACUUUUAACCAAACUGUGCACGUGUCCAGGUUAUAACGUAAUAGCCCUUUUCCACUACGGUAACUGACCAUAAAGGGAACAAAACAGUAUCUGCUUUUUUUUUUUUUUACUGUUUUGUUUCCUUUGGGAACGAGUUCCUGGAACUCAAUUCAGGCCCCGCUCAGGAGAUUAUAAUAAAUGCUCCAGUUCUAGGCCCUUUUCAGAAGUUUCCAUCAGUGCAGGUGUGGCCUUACGUCACAACAAGGACAACAAACACAAUAACAAUAGCCACCCUUUCACCAUUGUAUUGAAUAGGACAAUCAUGCGAAUAAAAAGAACAACAAUGGAGACCGCUGCUCAACAGCGGUUGAGUCAGAGAUUAACGAUGAGGGUGCGCCAUUAGAUUCAUUG